AUGGAAAGAGUAGUAGGGAUGAGCAGCAGCAACGGGCAAUCACCGUGGCACUCUCACUCACCCAAAACUCCGACGACGAUGCUCGAUCGCGCUCUCUCCUUCCGCCGUCCUCACUCCGACGCCGAUCUCUCUUAUUCCGGCGAAUCCGGCGCCGACGAAUCCAAGACCAAGCGUCCGCACAUCUACCUCCUCGCCUCCAAUUUCAUCUAUCGGAUCGGGCACCAGUGGUGGCCUUGCCUCGUCAUCGCUCUCCUCUUCCUCGCGCUUCUCUUCCUCAUCUCCUUCGCCUUCCGUUCCACCAGCUUCGUCUGCAUCUCACGCUUCGAUCCGGUCGCUCGGAUCGGGUUCUUCGGUCUCGACGGGCUCGAAUCGGACUUUGGAGCCCUAGGUGUUCCUUGGUGCAGAUCGAAACAUGGAAAAGAAGUUGAGUGGACCUCCAAGGAUUUACUCAAGGCUCUAGAAGAGUUUGUGCUCAUAUACGAAACACGUCCCAUAAAGAACAACAUGCAUGGGAUGGGAUUUGAUCACAGCUUCGGGCUAUGGUUCAUGGCACGUUGGCUAAAGCCAGAGCUGAUGAUCGAGAGUGGUGCUUUUAAAGGACAUUCCACUUGGGUUAUGCGCCAGGCAAUGCCAGAUACACCGAUUAUCUCACUAACCCCUAGACACCCCGAGAAGUACCUGAAGAAGGGACCUGCUUACGUGGAUGGAAACUGCACGUACUUUGCAGGCAAAGAUUUUGUUGAUUUUGGAAGUGUUGAUUGGAAGAAUGUGCUGAGAAAACAUGGAGUAACUGAUCUCAGCCGCGUUGUUGUCUUCUUCGAUGAUCAUCAGAAUGAACUCAAAAGGCUAAAGCAGGCACUGAAGGCGGGUUUCCAACAUCUCAUAUUCGAGGAUAACUACGAUACGGGAACAGGGGAUCACUAUUCUCUGAGACAUAUAUGUGAUCAGUCGUAUAUAAAAGGAGGUGGCCACAGCUGUUUCAAAGACAGCGAUGAAGCCAGGAUUAGAUCUAAGAGGAAAAAGUUCUGGGAAAAAGCAGUUGAUACAGAGGAACUGUGCGGACCAGGUGAAGCAUGGUGGGGAGUGAGAGGAGAAAUGAGAGAUGACUUUAACCACACUAACACACAAAUCUCAUACAAUCAGCAUUUCCAGAACAGCCGAUAUGUUGAAUCGAUUCUUGAUGUCUACUGGGAGCUACCUCCAGUUGCAGGACCUUCGUUGACACAUCAGUCGCGUUACGACCCUUCUCGUUCGACUCCACCGAUCGUAGCGGAUGGGAGGCAUCGUUUGUUCCAACGUGUCGGUUUGGGUCGGCUUGAUAAGUCUGUGUUCAAUGGCUAUACUCAAAUGGUUUACCUUCAGAUAUCUAAGUCCGGAUCAUAGAGACUAUGCACUAUGAUUCCUGCAAAAGAAGAGUGACUCCUUUUUUUUAUUUCUUAGCUUUUUUUUUCUAAAUCUUUUAUAUAUUAUUCGAAGAUCAUUUAAAAAUAUAUAAUUUUUUAUUUUGUAUUAAUUACAUUUUAAUUUUGUUGAAUUGUCAAUACUUUAAGUCUCUACAUUGCUUAUGUAGCAGUCUAACAAUUAGUUUAAGCACAUU